GCCCUUAUCACGCCUAUCGAGUUCCUAAAGUUGGGGUAACAUGUUAUCAAACCUCGAAGUGCGCGCGAAGUGUUACACAACCACCUAGAGCAAGAACCACCGUUAUAAUUCUUCCUGCACUCCACUGACAUCUAGCAUACUGAGCCACUCUGACCUGAAUCGACGAAUUGUACAAAAGCAACAUGAAGAUCAGCCAGCUAUACACAUACCCUAUCAAGUCACUACGGCCUACAGCACUUAGUGAAACUGCUGUCACGAGGCAUGGCUUUCCAUACGACCGGAAAUACAUGCUGCUCAGGGUCCGUCCGGAUCGCUACGAACCUAUGCAGGUCUCCAAAGUCACAGCAAUGACCCUGUUCUUCACCCGCAUCAUCUUCCCCGACGAGGAUGAAUCUGGAGCUGGCAGUAUUGUCGUAACAUUUAGGCCUCCAGGUGGCCAGGAGAAGCAGCUAUCGGUUCCUCUACAGCCCGACGUCACUGGCUUAGAUACUGUUGAGGUUACUAUGUAUCGUAGCGGCCUUGACGGUUACAAGAUGCAAGAGAGCUUCAACAAGUGGUUCUCUGACUGCUUUGGCUACGACGUCGUCUUGGUUCAUGUGGGUAAUAACACGAGACCCUCUCUCUUUGGAGAACAGGAGAUCGACAAGCCAACAGGAUCAUGGUUUUCAAGCAUCACGAGCCUUGUCCCAAGCUUAGCCAUGUCGAAGCCAGAUUACGAUCAGCUCACGUUCACGGACUGUGCUUCGUAUCUUGUUGUAUCCCAGAAGUCAUUAGACGACGUAUCCUCACGACUUCCAGAUGGCGAAGAGAUGGAUAUCACCAAAUUCAGACCAAACGUUGUUGUGGACGGAGCCGAGUCAGCGUGGGAAGAAGACUUAUGGGGAGCAGUGCGGUUAGGCGAUGCUGAGAUAUCCCUCAGGCACAACUGUGGUCGCUGCCCAAGCAUCAACAUCGACUACUCUACUGGCAAACCCGGGACUGGAGAAGCGGGGACUAUUUUGAAAAAGUUACAGAAGGACAGGAGAAUUGAUACAGGCUCCAAGUAUAGUCCUGUCUUUGGGAGGUACGGAUUCUUGGAGCCGAAGGAUGACGCGAAGCGAGUGAGAAUAGGUGACGAAGUAUUCGUUACAAAGCGAAACUCGGAACCGACAACAUGGAGUGCGCUCCCGAUAGAAAAGAAAUGCCAAAACCCACGCUAACAAUACUGCAGAUUGGAAAAUGUAACGAUACCGGGCUAUUGAGAAGGGCGUCCUCCCACGACCUCACCACUUCGACGUUAAUG